CCCCCAGGGGAACAGGGACCUCCAGGGGGAUGGGAACAGGGAUCCCCGGGGGGAGAGGGACCCCCUCAGGGAUGGGAACAGGGACCCCCAGGGGAACAGGGAUCCCCACAGGGAUGGAAACAGGGACCACCUCGGGGAUGGGAAUAAGGACCACCCCGGGGAUGGGAAUAGGGACCCCCAGGGGAACAGGGACCACCCCGGGGAUGGGAACAGGGACCCCUGCAGGGAGGAGAACAGGGACUCCCCUGGGGAUGGGAACAUGGACCCCCAGGGGGAGAGUGACCCCCACGGGGAUGGGAACAGGGACCACAUCGAGGAUGGGAAUAGGGACCCCCAGGGGGAGAGGGACCCCCGUGGGGAUGGGAAUGGAGACCCUCGUGGGGAUGGGAAUAGGGACCCCCAGGGGGAGAGGGACCCCCACGGGGAUGGGAACAGGGAUCCACACGGGGAUGGGAAGAGGGACUCCCCUGGGGAGGAGAACAGAGACCCUUCUGGGGAGAGGGACCCUCCCAGGGAGGAGAACAGGGACCCCCAGGGGGAGAAGGACCCCCACGGGGAUGGGAACAGGGACCCCUCUGGGGAGAGGGACACCCCCAGGGGUGGGAACAGGGACCCCCAUGGGGACGGGGAGUCCCACAGGGACAGGGACUCCCUUGGGGACCAGGUCACCCGUGGGGACAGGGAUCACCAGGGGGACAAGGACCCCCCUGGGGAUGGUGAUGCCUGUGGGGACAGGGCCCCUCUUGGGAACGGGGACCUCCUCAGAGACAAGGAUACCCUCAGGGACUGGGACCCCCUCGGGGAUGGGGACACCUUCAGGGACAGGGGCACCCUUGGGGAUGGGAACCCCCUCAGGGAUGGGAACCCCCUCGGGGCCGGGGGUGACCCAGGGGGUGACCAGCAGUAGCCACAGGAUGGGAUUGUCCCAGUGCUCCCAUGAACGUGCUGCCAGUGCCAUGGCCCAUCCCGGACACCCCGGAACUGUGAGCAGCUGUGACCCCCAAAACCGCCUGGGGGGCUUCUCCAUAUCCCUUUGGACCUCAGAAAUCCCUCUGGGAUGUGUCUCUGUGUCUCUUUGGACCUCAGAAAUCCCUCUGGGAUGUGUCUCUCUGUCCCUUUGGACCUCAGAAAUCCCUCUGGGAUGUGUCUCUGUGUCCCUUUGGACCUCAGAAAUCCCUCUGGGAUGUGUCUCUCUGUCCCUUUGGACCUCAGAAAUAUCUUCAGACUUUGGAAAAUCCCUCUGGGAUGUGUCUCCAUGUUCCCUUCAGGCCUUGAAGUACCUUCAGACUCUGAGAUGUCUCUCCAGGGCACUUUCCACUUCUUCAAGACUUUGGAAAAUCCCUCUAGGGUGUGUCUGCAGGUUCCCUUUGGAUUCUGAAGUAUCUUCAGGCCUUGAAAAAUCCCCCUGGGAUGUGUCUCCAUGUUCCCUUUGGGCACUGAAGUGCCUCCAGACCUCGGAAUGUCCCUCCAGGGCACUUCCCAGUCCUCCCAGUCCCACCAGUGCCCUGCCCCGGGUCUGUGUUUAAAACCAGGAGUCUCUUUAUGUCUGUUUAUUCUGAUUAUUGUCGUUUAUUUAUUCUUUUCUAUUUUUCUAUUUUAUUAAAUUCUAUUUA